GUCACGCACUUUUGCUCAGAUUUGAGAUGAAGCAUGGAGGAUGUGUGUGGUUUUUUUUUCUUUCUUUCUUUCAGCUCGCACCAGUAUAGCUCAAUUUUAAAAAAAAAGAAACCAUUGCUUUUUAUCUGAUUUAAUAUUUUCGAGAUUAACUGGAGAGAAAUAACCCUUUUACGCGCGUCAUUUGGAUAAUCUGCAUUGUGCUUUGCAUCCAUCCAACCGAGCGACUGACUGCACCUCGUCGAGGCGUCGACACAAAUUCUAGAACGUCGACAACAAAUUCUAGAAUUUCAUGCAUGUUUUUUACACUAAAAUACAUAAAGAUAAUAAUACUUAUUUUGUCAGAAUUGGAUUCAUGAUUUUGCAGUGCAAUGUUUUAUCAUUUGGCAGCAAUGAUGCUGAGCGGUCAAACAGCCUAGAGAUGGUGUGAUGGACAAUGUUUUGUCCGGCUGGUACUCGACCUCUGCUGCGCUCCUCCUGGUCCAGGUCCUGGUCCUGAAUGCAGCAGAGGACAGAGACACCUAACCGGGUGUCACCCCCAAGACCUGGAUGCUGCGCCGCAGAAUGGGAUAUGCCGACCCGUCGUCGGGCAAAGACAUCCUCGGCAAUAGAUCCCUUUGUUUUAUAUUCAUUUGCGCAUUUGGACUCGUCACACUAUUGCAACAGAUUCUCUAUGGAAAAAACUACAUUAAGAGUGCGCAACAGUUUAGCCGACUCAAAGGGGACGAGACAGGAAAUUGGACCGGUCCCGUUAAUUUCUCGGAUGAUGGAUCUCUGAAGCCGGCCAGAAAUGGAAGGAAAAGAUGUUUCCGUCAGAAUUUUCAGCCAGAUUCACAGAUCUCCGUAAUAGUCACACCCUGCCUAGCCGAUAUUAAGAAGAAAAAAAAAAGGUAUCUGGAAAACUACGAUGGCUCAUAUGAAUUCAACUCCACUGCAUGCAGGGAGCUCAGACAGGAGAUUAUUGACGUCAAAGUCUUGACAAUGGUGAAAACCUCAGAGCUGUUUGAGAGAUGGCGGAACCUGCAGGUGUGUAGGUGGUCGCAGAACAAGGAGGAGAGCAGCAACUUCAAGAUGUCUCUUGCUCGCUGCUGUAAUGCUCCGUCCUUUCUGUUCACCACCAAGAGGAACACUCCUGCAGGGACCAAGCUGAGGUACGAGGUGGACACCAGUGGUAUUCUUCCCAUCACCACUGAAGUCUUCAAGAUGUUCCCUGAUGAUAUGCCGUACUCCAAAUCACAGUACAAGAGAUGUGCUGUUAUUGGAAACGGUGGCAUCAUCAAGAACACCAAAUGUGGGAAGGAAAUAGACUCGGCAGAUUUUGUGUUUAGGUGCAACAUCCCACCCAUCAAUGAGAAGUACUCAGCUGAUGUUGGCACUAAAACAGAUCUGGUGACAAUAAAUCCGAGCAUUAUUACAGAGAGAUUUCAGAAGCUGGAGAAAUGGCGGCGACCGUUUUACGACGUCCUCCAGAACUACGAGAAUUCCUCGGUGGUGCUUCCCGCCUUCUACAACACCCGCAACACUGACGUAUCGUUCAGAGUCAAGUACAUGCUGGAUGACUUUGACUCCCAGAGAGGUGUGUACUUCUUCCACCCGCAGUACCUGCUCAACGUGCAGCGUUUCUGGGCGGUACAAGGCGUCCGGGCCAAACGGGUCAGCAGCGGCCUGAUGCUCGUGACCGCCGCCAUGGAGAUGUGCGAGGAGGUCCACCUCUACGGUUUUUGGGCGUUUCCCAUGAACCCCUCUGGCAUCUUCAUCACCCACCAUUACUAUGACAACGUCAAGCCACGACCGGGCUUCCACGCGAUGCCCCAUGAAAUUUUCAACUUCAUGCACAUGCAUACUCGCGGAAUCAUCAACGUACACACGGCGUCGUGCACGUGAUCCCUCACUCCUCUGCUUUAACGUGGUUUACCUUUUAGUUCAGGUUGUGUUUUAUUUCAGUCAAUGAGACACUUGUUGGCCUUCAGAGCGUACACUUCUUUGCUCUCACUUAUUCCACAAGACACAGUGAAGGUCGCUUGCUUUAAUUGCCAACAUACUUCUCUUUUCGACGUGUACCUUGAAUUGUUCACUUAGCCAAUCAAAUCACUAUGGUUACCUCCGACUCUCUAACCAUAGGAUGCUUGUUUUUAAUGUGAAAAGUGGUCCUCAUAGUGAUGUCGUUUCUGUGAAGUUUUUCUAGUGGCUCUGCUGUACAGAGGUGUUGUUUUCUACUCAACGUUGCACAGAUAUUUACGCUGAAAUGGGCCGCAGUGGUGGUCUUUGUACCCCCUCAGUCAUUUCCCUAGUCUUCUUUCUUUAUUUUGGACACUCUGUGGGUGUGACAGCUUUUAAUGUUUGUGCAAAACAAAAUCUGAACCUUGGUAUUAAACUAAUAUUUUAAAAAAAAAAAAAGAUCAUCUAAUUGUCUACUUUUGUAAUGUAUUUCCUAUUCACCAUAUUCACGGGGUGAAUAUUUUAAAAACACUAUGGAAAUGGCCUGUUUUCAGUGGCCUACUUUCUCCCAAUUCAAAAAAAUCCUCUGAUAUUUCCGGUGAAAAAAAGUGUACACGAGAAGAGGCGAGGAUGUUUUGUUUUUUUUUGGCUUGUCAUGGUUUUGGACAAAAGCCAGAUGAAUAUUUUGACACCACCUGAGCAAAACUUUGACUUUCAAAGACAUCCAAUUUGUAAAGCAACAUAGUACUCACAGUACUCAUGUUGAGUGACCCAGCCUCUCGUUGUCAUUCAUGUCUUAAGCCAUGCUGCCUUAUGAGAUAUCAAACCCCUCUAUAUGAUAUGCAAUGCACCCAUGUGUUUUGCUUAUCUACAAAACAUCAAAUUAAAUCUUAGUUUUUCCCUUAAAUCAGAGGAGAUUUAAGACUCUCUAAGGUGUAGAAAUCCAUGUGCGGUUCUCAGCGUAUAUUCUAUUGGAAUCAGCAAAGUCUUACUCCCUGUAAAGUCCACUCAUAAUCAUGUAACGCUCUGCAUGACUUUACUCUAUACUUGGCUUUGUGUGUGCCUGCUUCAAUGAUCACUGAAAUAUGUUUACACUUAAAGCCUCCACUGGAACUCACAGUGCUGUUGGAGAUGUAUUCACGAACUGUUUCACAGAAAGAUGAAUGGAUUCGUCGAAUUGUAUAAUAGUGGAUGCGGUUCUCAUUGAUUAAAGAUGCACGAAGGUGGUUGCUGCCCUUUUGUGAACACUUUUAUUACUACUGUAUUGUUUCACCUCCCCGUGCACUCUAGAAAGCAUCGUGCAUUUACGAACUGGAAAGCUGUUUUUACUGUUUAUUUUGUUGUACACUUCAAAAAGGAGACUGUAAGAUAGUAUUUUGUCACUCCUCUGUUCAUGCUCUGUUGUGCACUUCUCCAUUACUUCCUUUGUAAUUGAAGGUUGCUAAUAAGAUUCAUGUUGUUUCUUUCAUCAUUUAUACAGACUCUUUGUGUGUUUAUGCACUAGAGACCACACCAAAAAUGUUUUUUGGCUCGACCACUAAAUUGUUGCACAGACAAAACUGAAUCGAGAGUGGAAAAGGAAGGGAACUGGUCUGUGUGCUGAAGGGAGGUAAUAUAUAACACAGUGCUUCUUAACUGACUUUGGAUCAUUAUUUUUAAUGGUAUUGUGUUUGUAAAUAAACUUGUUUGGAUUUUCUCA